AUGACCGCCCAGGCCAGAUCCCACCCGGCAGCCGAAGCACGCUGAGCCGGCCGGCAGUAGUCCCAGCGGCCGCGGGCAGCUCACCCAGAAGGCCACGCCGGGUCGGGGCGCGGAUCCUUACCCUGGCGCCUGGCACGCAAGCCCCGGCGUUCGCUGGGGAGGAUUUCCUUGCUGCUGCUUAACUUGGAGGAGUACUACUUUGAACAGCAUAGAGCCAAUCACAUUUUGCACAAGUGCAGUCACCAUGAAAGGAAAAUCAGAGGAUCCUUAAAAAUAUGUUCAAAAUCAGCGAUUUUUGAACCAGAUGCAAUAUCCCAGCCCAUCAUCAAGAUUCCUUUGAGAGACUGUAUAAAAACAGGAAAGCAUGGAGAAAAUGGAGCCAAUAGACACUUCACAAAGGAAAAAUCUGGGAGUAUUUCACUCAUUUUCAGUCAGGUAUAUUUCAUUAAAGAACAUAAUGUUGUUGCACCAUAUAAAAUAGAAAGGGGCAAAAUGGAAUAUGUUUUUGAAUUGGAUGUUCCCGGGAAAGUGGAAGAUGUUGUGGAGACGUUGCUUCAGCUUCACAGAGCAUCCUGCCUUGACAAUUUGGGUGACCAAACCGCCAUGAUAACAGCUAUUUUGCAGUCUCGUUUGGCUAGAACAUCAUUUGACAAAAACAGGUUCCAAAACAUUUCUGAAAAGCUGCACAUGGAAUGCAAAGCAGAAAUGGUGACGCCUCUGGUGACUAAUCCUGGACCCGUGUGCAUCACGGACACAAACCUCUAUUUUCAGCCUCUCAACGGCUACCCGAAACCUGUGGUCCAAAUAACACUCCAAGAUGUUCGCCGCAUCUACAAAAGGAGACACGGACUCAUGCCUCUGGGCUUGGAAGUAUUUUGCACAGAAGACGAUCUGUGUUCUAACAUCUACCUAAAGUUCUAGGAACCUCAAGAUAGGGAUGAUCUCUAUUUUUACAUUGCCACAUACCUAGAGCACCAUGUGGCGGAGCACACUGAGAGCUACAUGCUGCAGUGGCAGCGAGGACACCUUUCCAACUAUCAGUACCUCCUUCACCUCAACAACCUGGCUGACCGCAGCUGCAAUGACCUCUCCCAGUACCCUGGGUUUCCAUGGACAAUACAUGAUUAUUCCAGCUCAGAAUUAGAUUUGUCAAAUCCAGGAACCUUCCGGGAUCUUAGUAAGCCAGUGGGGGCCCUAAAUAAGGAAUGGCUGGAGAGGCUACUGACACGAUACCAGGAAAUGCCUGAACCAACAAAGUUCAUGUAUGGGAGUCACUACUCUUCCCCGGGUUAUGUACUUUUUUAUCUUGUUAGAAUUGCACCAGAGUAUACGCUGAGCCUACAGAAUGGAAGAUUUGAUAAUGCAGAUAGAAUGUUCAACAGUAUUGCAGAAACUUGGAAAAACUGUCUGGAUGGUGCAAUGGAUUUUAAAGAGUUAAUUCCAGAAUUCUAUGGUGAUGAUGUGAGCUUUCUAGUCAACAGCCUGAAGUUGGAUUUGGGAAACAGACAAGGAGGACAGAUGGCUGAUGAUGUGGAGCUUCCCCCUUGGGCCUCCAGUCCCAAGGACUUUCCCCAGAAGAGCAAAGAUGCAUUGGAAAGCAAUUAUGUGUCUGAACACCUUCACGAGUGGAUUGAUCUAAUAUUUGGCUACAAACAAAAAGGGAGUGGUGCAGUUGGGGCCCAUAAUGUAUUUCAUCCCCUGACCUAUGAAGGAGGUGUAGACUUGAACAGCAUCCAGGAUCCUGAUGAGAAGGUAGCCAUGCUUACACAAAUCUUGGAAUUUGGGCAAACACCAAAACAACUAUUUGUGACACCACAUCCUCGAAGGAUCACCCCAAAAUUUAAAAGUUUGUCCCAGACCUCGAGUUAUAAUGCUUCUAUGGCAGAUUCCCAAGUCUCUCCAGGUGAAGAGUCUUUUGAAGACCUGACCGAAGAAAGCAAAACACUGGCCUGGAAUAACAUCACCAAACUGCAGUUACAUGAGCACUAUAAAAUCCACAAAGAAGCAGUUACUGGAAUCACAGUCUCUCGCAAUGGAUCUUCAGUCUUCACAACAUCCCAAGAUUCCACUUUGAAGAUGUUUUCUAAAGAAUCGAAAAUGCUACAAAGCAGCAUAUCAUUUUCAAAUAUGGCUUUAUCGUCUUGUUUACUUUUACCAGGAGAUGCCACUGUCAUAACUUCUUCAUGGGAUAAUAAUGUCUAUUUUUAUUCCGUAGCAUUUGGAAGACGCCAGGACACAUUAAUGGGACAUGAUGAUGCUGUUAGUAAGAUCUGUUGGCAUGACAACAGGCUAUAUUCUGCAUCGUGGGACUGUACAGUGAAGGUGUGGUCUGGUGUUCCUGCGGAGAUGCCAGGCACCAAAAGAUACCACUUUGACUUGCUGGCUGAGCUGGAACAUGAUGUCUGUGUAGAUACAAUCAGUUUAAAUCCUGCAAGCACACUGUUCGUUUCCAGCACCAAAGAAGGCACAGUGAAUAUUUGGAACCUCACAACGGCCACCUUAAUGCACCAGAUUCCAUGCCAUUCAGGGAUUGUAUGUGACACUGCUUUUAGCCCAGAUAGCCGCCAUGUCCUCAGCACAGGAGCAGAUGGCUGUCUUAAUGUCAUUGAUGUGCAGACAGGAAUGCUCAUCUCCUCCAUGACGUCAGAUGAGCCCCAGAGGUGCUUUGUCUGGGAUGGAAAUUCCGUUUUAUCUGGAAGUCAGUCUGGUGAACUGCUUGUUUGGGACCUCCUUGGAGCAAAAAUCAGUGAGAGAACACAGGGCCACACAGGUGCUGUGACAUGUAUAUGGAUGAAUGAACAGUGUAGCAGUAUCAUCACAGGAGAGGAAGACAGACAAAUUAUUUUCUGGAAAUUGCAGUAUUAAGUGCCUUUUCCUCUCCUGAAUAUUAAGUUGAACUCUAUUUAAUGCAUUUUUAAACCAAACUUUUAAACGGACUGGUGAAUGUGCAAUGCUAGUAAUUAGAAGUUUUACCACAUGGAAAAUUUGUGGUUUUAAACUUUCUAAAUCAUGGUGACUUCGUUGAAAGCCAUUAGUUGCCAUUCUCUUAAGGCAGAUAAAAUGUGGCAGUGCUAGGGAAAACAUGUUACAUUGUAAGGCAGAUGAUCCUCCCUGUAUGAUGAUUGUCAGAAGACAGGACUGGGUAG